AUGGGAGCGCAGGCAUAUGGGUUAUCUACUAUGAAAGCCCAGCGCAUCGCGCGGCACCCCACGCGGACGCACAGACCAGUCGCCUCGCCUCCCAGUGCCCCCACUGGCCCACUCGAAGCGCCUGCCGCGCUGCGCACCGAACCAAACGCCUCGGCAGUCGGCACACGCGGCGCUCCAGCGCGCUUGCUUUGCUGCAGUGGACACUGGACAGAGACGAAGCGGCGCCGCCAAGCUCCCCAAAAACCUCCUCGCCGCCCUCUCUCGGUCUCUCCGAAGUCCGCCCUCGCCACAGGAAAAGCCGAGAGAAGCGUGGGGGGAAAACAGAGCUCAAGCACUCCUGCAGCGAUGGCUCUCGCCGGGCUCGUGCGGGUCCUCCCUCCGCGACCCUCGCCGGCCUCGCGGCCCAAGCACCUCAAGCAAGGUUUAGGCGGCCGCGGCGGUGCUUCGCUGGCCGUGCGGGCGAAGGACUCCGACGACUUCGGGGCCCUGCUCUCGGAGAAGCCCGCGGCGCCGGCGCCGGCGAAGCGGGACGGGUGGGAGGGGUUCGGCCGGGGUGUGGCCAGUGCGGCGGCGGAGGAGGAGGAGGAGGAGGGGAAGAUGAAGGAAGAGGAAGUGCAGAGCGAGCCGGUAUCGUGGGACGUCCUCAACCAGAUCGGCGUCGAGUUGGACUCUGACAAAUCAUAUUCUGCUCUAGUAUAUGGCACGUCUGCUGUUGUUGCAAUUUGGAUAUCAUCGAUUGUGGUUUCUGCACUUGAUUCAGUCCCUUUGGUUCCUCAGGUGAUGGAAGUUGUUGGCCUUGGCUUCACAAUUUGGUUCACAUCGAGAUAUCUGAUAUUUAAGGAGAACCGUGAUGAACUUAUCACCAGAGUUAGCUCCAUCAAGAAGCAAAUAUUAGGGUCUCAUGACAACUGAGCAUAACUCUUAUCUUCCGUUCAUCUGUACUGGGGUAUAGUGAAGACAUUGUUCUGAAUAAUUAGUACUACGUUUUUGGGACCUUUUCCUUCUAAUUGAAAAGCGGUUGUUGCAUCGUGGCAUUUCCAAAUUAAUUUAGGCAAGGGGCAGGCUGCGAUAGCAUUCUGUUUUGCACAA